AUGGAGCCGCGAUACAGAGGGAAGGAAAAGUUCAAUAGAAGAACUUUGGCUUUGAUAUCGUGUAUCGGGCUAGUGUUAUAUUAUUUGACUGGAUAUUCAUACACGAGAACGCUACAGGGUGCAGAUUCACCAGGAUGCCGUAUAGUAUAUAUGGGACCCUCAUAUGCCAGGAUAAGGGGAUUUGAUGAAUCAUAUACAAGGUUGGCAUCGAAAUACUCCUUGUACUUGUAUCGUGAACAGGGCCAUGAUCCAAUACCUGAUGAAAAUGGUUUCUCAUUGAAUGGAAUACCAAUUUUAUUCAUUCCAGGUAAUGCUGGUAGCUUUCGACAAGUUAGAUCGAUAGCGGCAGAGACAUCUGAUUUAUAUUUUGAAGGAACUUCUAACUCGAAUAAUCCAAAUUCCAAAAAUUUUGACUUCUUCUCAGCAGACUUUAAUGAAGAUUUCACAGCCUUCCAUGGAACCACUAUGCUAGAACAAGCAGAAUACGUCAACGAUGCCAUUAAAUUUAUUCUUUCAUUAUAUGAAAAUACGGAAGUUCCUCCGAAAUCUGUGAUAAUUCUAGGUCAUUCAAUGGGUGGAGUUGUCGCCAGAGUAGCCGUUACUUUACCUAAUUAUAAUCCAGGAUCCAUGAAUACCAUCUUGACACUUGCAUCUCCCCAUUCUGCGGCUCCGUUAACAUUUGAUGGUAAUAUAUUAAAAAUAUAUUCCGCAAUUGAUAGAUUUUGGUACGAAGGCUUUCAAUCAGAUAGUAAUAUAAAUACCAUCGCUAGCGAAAGAUUACGGAAUAUGUCUUUGGUAUCCAUAACAGGGGGUCUCCUAGACUCUGUUUUACCUGCUGACUACACAACACUAGGUUUUUUAGUCCCAUUAAGUAACGGUUUUACUGUAUUUACAACAGGAAUCCCAAACGUAUGGACACCAGUUGACCAUUUAGCUAUUGUGUGGUGUGGUCAGUUACGCCACAUGAUUCUGGAAACACUUCUAGGGAUUGCAGACUACAGCUCACCGGAAAAAACGUAUCCAUUACAAAAGAGAAUGAAAAUUAUGAGGCAAAACCUACUCUCAGGAUUCGAAGACUACUCUUCUCAAGAUUUUGGAAGCUUGCAUGAUACUGAUGGACAAAUAUACUUGAAGGUGGAAUCAAGUCAGAUUAAUCUUAGCGAUAAAGGAAAUACCAACAUAGUUAGAUCAGCAGAAAUUCCAUCAAAUGGAGAGAAUGAACUUAUCAUGGCAUUUAAAAUUCCCGACAGUAAGAAGUUACAACUCGCAUUAUUGAGCACAAUCAAAAUUGGUGCACUCUCCUCUAAGCUGAAACUAUCUGUCUUAUUAUGCAAGAACUCAGAUUCAUACGAUAUCGAAAAUUAUAAUCUUCAUGAUUUCAGAGAUGAUAAAUCUACCCACGGAACACUUUUGAAGUGCGUUGAUGUCGAAAGGGAAUCUCACUUAAUUCCAAAAUCUUCUACUACCACUAAUUCAAUAUCAGAUUCAUCAUUUGGUGGGGAGCAGGUUCCAUUUUUUUCUUUGAAAUAUAACGAGACUGUUCUCUCGAAAUAUGAUACCGUAAUAGUCACAGGAAAUAUUGAUAAUGUUAGGAGUGAUGAUUUUAUAAUUUCAGAGGUUUCGGAAACUAGAGAACUUCAACUAGGAACAACACUAUCUGAUUUACUUUUACAGAAUGCAGUGCUAUCUUUGCCAACUAAUGAUCAAUUAGCUCUUAAUAUAAGAGCCCCCGAGGGAUUGAGCAGUAUUUUAGCAUAUAAGUUAAAAAUAACGAAUGGCAGACUGAAUGAAAAAAAUGAGUUAUUAUUUGCACCAUUUGUGAGACAGUGGUCUGAUGACCCAUUUGAGGUAAAAUGGCAUAUAAAUCUUGACCAUGAUGUGGCGGUUCCCAUUACCAUGCAUGGAAUGUCACCUUACACUCCGUUUAAAUUGGGAAAUUCGGGCUUGAAUAUAGAAUUUUGGUCAGAGUCCAAUCAAGAAAUUCAAAUUGAACUAGGGAUAGAUUGGUUUAACAGUUUGAGAUUACUUGUUUUGAGGUAUCGAUUAUCGCUAGUAGCCUUUUGCGUCCUGGUCACGUUAAUGGUGUUAUUCUUUCAAUUCGAGCAUUAUUUUAAAAGCUCACAAUUCCCCUGCUUCUUAUUUGGAUUAGCUCAGGUGUGCUCAAUGAGGGUCUUCAUAUCAGUCGUUGCUUUUCUCUCGAUCCUUGGACCUCUCGUCCGAAUUGAUAAAGUUCAAAUUAUUUUAAAUAUGAUUGACCCUGUUGUACUUCAAGAUUCCAAUGAAAUUAACUUGAGUCUAUCGAAUGCUUUCAAAUUAAACUCUUUUUUUUUGGGUUUACAAGAGGAUUCUCUUUGGUUCGUUGGGCCCAUUUUUUUCAUAAUGAGUAUUGGUCUUGUUUCAUUAACAUACUACGUUGUUUGUUAUUUAACAAUUUUGUCCCGCUUCUUAGUGAAAUUCGCAAGAGACAAUCAGCUAAUGAAACGAAUAGGCAAAGCUUUGACAUUAAAUCGUAAUGUGAUCCACAUUACAAAGGACUUUUGGGUAACUCGUCAGAUGUUAGCUGUGAUAUUCCUCCUACUUCUUGUCUUAUUCUAUGUUCCAUAUCAAUUCGCCUUUGUUGUUUGUUGUGUUGCGCAAGCUAUUGUCUUAUUAAAGGUAUCAUCAGCUGAUAAAUUAGAUUCGAGUUUAUUCAACUACCAGUUUACGUUAUUAAUGCUUAUGUUGUGGAUAUUGCCAAUAAGUAUUCCUACUUUGAUUGUGUUUGUUCAUAAUAUUUCCAUCAGUUGGAAAACACCGUUUUCCUCCCAUCGUAAUAUCUUAUCUAUAUUACCUAUAUUGAUGGUGAUUGGAAAGAAUCAUUCAAUGAAAUCUCUACCAAAGUUAACAAAAAGACCAUUUGUGACUCAAACAUUUAUCGUUUAUUUUAUUGCAUACGCAUAUAUAUAUGGCGUUCGUCAUACAUAUUGGCUACACCAUUUACUAAACAUAUUGUUUUGCUGGCUUUUAAUCUUAUACUUAGAUACAGAUGAUGCUGAUGAUGAUAAGAACAGCUAA